CAAAUUAUACUUGAAACUAAAUCCAUUUAAUCAAAAAUCGGAUAAGAAUGGAAAAAAUAAGAGUAAUGAUAAUGACAACGAUAAAGAAAAAAAAAUUGAUGGAGAUAUCUCGAUGUCAAAUGCAAUUUCAAUUUCUAAAAAAAAAUCAAAUAAUAUAUCUUUACUAGACAAAAGCAAUGGAACAACUUCAUUUCCUAGUGGAAAUUUAAAUUUCAACAGCAUUUUUAAUAAUAGUCUUUCUCCCUUUUCAAAAACGUUUCCAAAUGUCGAAAAAGAUUUGAAACAUAAUUGGAAUGCUGCUUUAAUUAAUGAUAUAAAAGUUCUGAAUUCUUCCGAACAAACUAGUUGUGAUAAAUCAAACGAAAAUAAUGAAGAAGAGCCCUUUAAACCAAAUAAAUCCAAUGAAAAAAUAUUAAUACAAGAGAAAAAAAACAAUCAGAAUACAAGAAAAAAAAAAGAUAAAAUUACAUAUGAAAAUGAAUCUGUUCAAAGACUUUUUAAUAAUCAAUCAAAUAAAUUAAAAAUAAAAUUGAAUGAUUUAGAAUCCAUUUCAGAUAUACCAAAUAGUGAUAACCUUUAUGAGUCAACCUCUAAUGAAUCCAUAAAGAAUCUUUGCAAUUUAGUUAAAACAGAAGUGGAAGAUACUGAAAUGGUGAAUGAAGGAGGUUUAUCGCAAUUCAGUUCAAGUACAACUAAAAGUUCAUCUGAAAAUGAAAUGAGAGGGUUCUCGCUAUUAAAUCAUGAUAUUAAUAACAAAAUUUCAAAUAACAAACAGUUUACGCAACAGUGUAUUGAUGAAAAAAAUUCUGAUACAUCUAUAUCUUAUAACUCUCAAGCUCAAAUGAAUAAUGAUCUUAUAACGGGUAUAAUUAAAACAACUAUCGAUCUUAAGAAUACGAUUGGAAAAUCUCAAAAAAUUCUUGAAAACAGUACCAGUCCAGAAAAAUCAAGAAGCAUAAUACAUGAAAUCAUCGAAUAUACAAUCAAAACGGAUUUAAUUAAAAAUGAAGAAAACUUAAAUGAGUCAAAACGAAAAAUAAAGGAAAAAUUCUCUCAAAAGCUAUCAAAUUCAAAAGAAUUUUCUCAUAAUAAAAUAGGAACUCAAGAUAUUAUUCCACUUGAUGCCACAGCACCAGAAGCAAAUUUCAGCCCAACGGCUGUAUCAUUGUUAGCAACCGAAACAAGUUUUGGUAAUGGGCUCGUAAAACCCCAAAUUUUAAAUUUUGAAAUACCCUUUCCUAGACAAUAUAAAAAUGCUGCAGCCGCCCAAGAAUUUUUACCGCAAAUUAGAAAUAAAAGCAAAAAUAUGGAGCAUGGAAGUGCCGAGGAUCUAAACGAAUAUAGCAGAAAAUUCCCUCUAAUUGAGGAGGAAGAAAGAUUGAACCGUUUUAAAGACAGAGGUAUAAUGGGUCGUGAUAUGUUCUUUUAUGAAGAAAGCAGCGAAAGCAAAAGUAGCAAGAAUAGCAGCGCCUUGGGAUCUGGAAAAGCAGCUUGUUAUUCUGGUGCAAAUACCAAUACCGAGAAGAGCAUCUACUUCGAGGAUGGAAUUGGCUCAUCAAAUUACAGCAAGUUUGUUGAUUUUAGUAGUCAGCGAAUUUCAAACCAUAAGAGAAAGAGAUCAGUGUCUUCUGAAAACGAAGGACAUACAGCCGAAUUCUGCUUUCAGCAUGAACCAAAUGAAAGAUGCACUUCCAACAACUGGGAACUGGUUGAAGAAAAAAACCAGGCAGGGACCAAUGGAGACUAUAAGGACAACCUAUGCUACAACAUGAGGGACUUUGGAAGCUGCAAAUAUGGAGAAAACUGUCAAUUCAAGCACUAGAAAACAGC